AUAUUAUUAUCAUCCCUGAAAUAACUGUGUUCGAUCCAAUCACUGCAUGCAAAAAAAUCUCCACGGUCUUCUCUUCUUUUCUCUUUUUCUUUUCCUUUUCUUAUAUUACAUAAUAUUACUCGUCGUGUUUGUGUCUGAGACUCUGCAAGAUUCCUGCAACGCCUCAGACAGAGGCGGAGAAGUCGCCGCCAUAGAAAAUCUUCCACUCAAAUAAGGCGGCAACCAACGAAUUUCCCUUCCCUUUCCUGUCUCCAAUGCCCGCUCCCGUCUCCAUUGCCUCCUUUCUCUUCCUCUCUCGCCGGUUGUAGUUGGGAUUGGAGGGUGUUCUUGCAAUGGAGGGGGAACCGAGCCAGCUGAAACGGGCUGCGAUUGAUGCCACCGCCGGAGCUCUUUCCGGCGCUGUAUCCAGGACCGUCACGUCGCCUCUUGAUGUUAUUAAGAUUAGGUUUCAGGUUCAACUAGAACCCACAUCUUCAUGGGCUUUACUACGCAAGGAUUUGUCUACUCCUUCAAAAUAUACCAGCAUGGUUCAAGCAAGCAAAGAUAUUUUCAGAGAAGAAGGCAUACGGGGUUUUUGGCGGGGAAAUGUGCCAGCUUUGCUCAUGGUUAUGCCAUAUACAAGUAUACAAUUUACUGUUCUACACAAGUUGAAGACUUUUGCCUCUGGUUCUUCCAAAACAGAGAAUCACAUGAAUCUGAGCCCUUAUCUAUCCUAUAUGAGUGGGGCAAUAGCUGGGAGUGCUGCUACUGUAGGUUCAUAUCCCUUUGAUCUUCUCCGAACCAUAUUAGCUUCCCAGGGUGAACCCAAGGUUUAUCCAAACAUGAGAACGGCAUUUGUUGAUAUUGUGCAGACUCGUGGCUUCCAAGGCUUGUAUGCUGGAUUGUCACCAACCCUAGUUGAGAUUAUACCAUAUGCAGCUCUACAAUUUGGCACCUAUGAUACAUUUAAACGUUGGACCAUGGCGUGGAAUCAACGUCAAUAUUCGAAUUCUACUGCAGAAAACAUCUCUAGCUUUCAGCUUUUCCUCUGUGGAGUGAGUGCAGGAACAUGUGCCAAGCUCGCCACUCAUCCACUUGAUGUGGUCAAGAAAAGAUUUCAGAUUGAAGGUCUACAAAGGCAUCCAAGAUAUGGAGCUCGGGUUGAACACCGUGCAUACAGCAAUAUGCUUGAUGCCAUAAAGCGAAUAUUACAAAUGGAGGGUUGGGCUGGUCUAUAUAAGGGGAUAGUCCCAUCAACUGUUAAAGCUGCACCAGCUAAUGCUGUAACAUUUGUGGCGUAUGAAUUGACAUCAGACUGGCUGGAAUCUCUUUUGACUUGAUUUUUUUUACUAAGGGGGAAAAGGGGAUUUUUUUUUUUUAAUCUUCAUUAUCUCAUUCUUUUUAAUCCAUUUAGUCAUCGCCUGGAUAGGAAGAGGUGUAUGCCAAUUUUGAGAUAGUGGAUACGAUUCUAGUUCACUUUUAAGAUGAAUAUUCAGCCAAGUAAAAGCUAAGAUUUAGCAGAGUGACAUCAAUUGUCCUUUUUCUAAAUGGUGCGCUUCAGCUGUUGGUGGGAUUAUUCUUGUUAAGGGGAUUUUUACUUCCAAAUUUAUCCUAAAUGGUUCAAAAUCCGUCUUCAUUCGGA